AUGAACAGAAAAAAAAACUUUUUUCUUUCUUCUCUUUUGACAGCAGAAAUAACAUCAAAUACUGAUUCUUAUGUCUACAAUAUCUAUCUAUCUAUCUAUCUAUCUAUCUAUCUAUCUAUCUAUCUAUCUAUCUAUCUAUCUAUCUAUCUAUCUAUUUUGAUCAAUUCUUUUCUUUUGGAAAUAACUUCCCUCCAAAAUAACUUACUUCUUUUUUUCUCUUUCUCUUUCUCUCAUUCUCUCUCACUCUCUCUAUUUCUCUAUCUCAUUCUUUCUCUCUCUAUUUCCUUCUCUAUCUCUCUAUCCUUCUCUUUCUCCUCACUCUGUAUCCCUUCUCCCUCUUUCUCUCUCUCGUUCUCUCUCUAUUUAUCCCUCUUACUCUUUCUCUCUCUCCUUCUCUAUCUCUCUAUCCUUCUCUUUCUCCUCACUCUAUAUCCCAUCUCUCUCUUUCUCUCUACCACUUUCUCUCUUUAUUUUUCUAUCUUACCCUUUCUCUCUAUCUCCGCCUCUAUAUCUCUAUCCACCCUCUUUCUCUCUCUCCUUCUCUCAUCUCUUUGUCGCUUUUCUCCCAAUCUCUCUCUCUCUCUCUCUCUACGCUUCUUUAUUUUAUCUCAUUCUUUCUCUUCCCUCGCUCUUUUUCUCUUUCUCUCGCUUUAUCUUCUCCCUCUCUGUCUAAACCUCAUUCUUUCAUUUUCAUUCACAUUAUUUCUUUUUCCUUACUUGCUUCAUUCUUCAUUCCCCAAAACGUGCGUCGAUGAUUUCACCUUCUUUUUUAACAGACAAUUAUUUCUAUAA